AUGAACCGUCGCUCUGCCAGUCAGAUCGCGUCCGUCAGCAGUAAAACAAACAGAAAACAUAUGCUCUCAUAAGCUUUCGACCUAUGCUGCUCCGCGAACCAGUUCCCGCUCACGUGUUGUGUAGUGUAGACUUUAAUUUAAUUCAUAGACCGAAUUUAAGUUCAGGGUAUUUUCUGAAACUCAUGUCAUAAAAGUAAGAUAGUGUGGUGAAUUAACUUAUGCUACUGUGAAGCUACUGAAAUAACAUUGUAAAGCUGGUGUUAAUGUGACAGUAGCAGCAUAUCCCCAAUAUUAAACGUGUAAUUCCAAAGAAGUUAUGAUGGUUUCAAUUAUGAUGGUGUUCAAAGAAAGAACGUAAGAUCGGCCAAAUUUGCAAUUUUGCUUGAGCAAAAAUCAAGCAAAUAAAAUACUACGUAAACACCGUUUGUGAGGAUUUCAAAUGCUAGAAAUCGUUUAAUUUGUGAUUUCUUGUAAUUGAAAUGCCACCGAGUAAUUGAAGCAAAGAGCCAUGGUUUAACUGUGAUUGAAUAUUAUUAUGUUUGUGAUACGUUAUUACGUGUCAUAGUUACCAGAAAAAGCAGCUGAUAAAUCAUAUAUUUGCGAUUGACUGCUCAUGUCUCCGAUUUUUUACUGGUGUCACGCAGAAUCAAGCAAAACUCGGAUACUUCAAGAUACACUGGAAUUGAUCAGUCUAACAAACGGUGCUUUCACGGAAAUUGCAUUGCACUACCAUCCAGAUUCUCCUGAAAACGACGAAUGCAAUAGCACACGACAUCUAGCUGUAAAAUGCUAUCAGAGAAUCACUUUAAGUUAUGUAAAUUUUAUGCAAAACAGUAACCAUUCCCGUGUUGCACUCAUCUGAAUCACAACGCUAUUCACAUAGUGAAAUUCGCGACACUAAAUAGGAGGUGAAAUGAAAACAAUAACAAUUUAAGAUACAAACACGCAAACGAUUAAAGUAGACUUGUCAUGCAAGCAAACAAAUCCGGAAGUCUACCCAUGAGGAAGUAAUGGUUGUUACGGAAACCAUCUGAACUGAGCACGAGAACGAAAAAUCACUGCCUCGAUUAGUACAUCAACAUGUGUUGUCAUGUAGCACCAGUUCAAACACGAUGAGAGCGGAUUUAAAGAAAAAUAAAACAAAGAAGACGAAAAAAGUGGAGAAAGUGAAUCUCAUAUCGUAAUCAUGCAACUGCAGAAGUAACAGAAUUUCUUCAAUUUCUUUAUGAAAACACUGGUCCAAAACUGUUACUGUAAUACAUUGUUACAAUCGUUUGCAAAUACAAGACAACAAAAAGCAUUAUAAAGGAUAUAAGAUCAGUCACAAAGAUUAACGAAAUCAAAAUGCAAACGUACUUUUACGAUCAACGUAACGACAAAGGAAAUUAUAUUCCGGUUUUGAAUGAAUAUAAUUAAUAAAAUUCUACAUGUUGCUAAAAGAAUUGUAUAAUCACGCAGCGAAUAAAUCGCGUCUCAAACUGGAUCUCAUUUCGGUGCAAGAUUUUAAAAUUAACUUUGCAGUCCCUUUCUUCGACGACUAUAGCAAUCGGCAGCAUCAAAAACAGCGGAUACAAAAAACACUCUCGGACAAAAGAAUCAUGCAAAAUGCACAAAAAAUGUGUAUAGUCUAUUUUCUGUUUGUCGUGGGUUUCGUUGGAGCAGAAAACAUGCUAUUUUCAGACUGUGGCGUUAGAACUUCACGUCGUCAGCCUCGUAGUAAUGCGUCUAAAUUAACAUCUAUCACCAACUCUACCUCUCCCAGUCUGACGCCGUUCGUCCGUAAUCCAAAAAUAAUGCACGGAACACCCACAGUUGAAGGUCAGUAUCCGUGGCAAGUAUCUUUGGAAUUGCUGCAUCCGUCCUACGGUUUUAUAGGACAUUGGUGUGGAGGAGUAUUGAUUGAUCGUAAUUGGGUUCUAUCUGCAGCUCAUUGCAUCCACAAUGAUUUGUUCAACCUUCCGCUUCCUGCUCUUUGGACAGUGCUUCUUGGAGAGUAUGACCGACGUUCCGAAUCUGGUUUUGAGCAACGCAUACCAGUAGAUAAAAUAAUUUUACACGAAAAAUAUCAAAACUUCAAGCACGAUCUUGUAUUGCUCAAAUUGGGAAAGUCGGCUAACACAUCCCCAAACUCACGAAUAAGAAAAAUAUGUCUUCCGUUUGCUGACUUUACGGUUAAUAGCAUGCCAUAUGAUGUACGACCAACUCAACAACUAAAACAGGAUGCCAAUUACAAACCGGGAUAUUACUUCGACGUGGAACAGAGUGACGAAUUAGAAACAGACUCUUUGUCACUAGACGAAGAAUCAGAUGCCGUUUCAGGGCCGGUCCCAUUCAGGGAUGACAAUUUUUUGAGACACUUCAAAAAAUUGUUUCAAGACGCAUCCUCUGAUGACCGAGUUGUACAUUCACGGACAGCAAAAUACCUGAUCAAUCAAUUGGUAGCGGGGCGGCUGCGAUCUCAUUUAACCAAUCGAACGAGUUCAGAUUUAGCAAAUGAUCAAACGGUGCUGAAGACAUCAAACAAUGCAUUAUCGGGUCGAUUAAGUGAGUCUAGAAGGUCUUCUAGGCGUCUUUUCUCCGUAGAUAUGUUCAAAGUAGACAAUACCCGUUCGCGGGUAGACAAGAAUGGAAAACGAUGGAUCAACCACCAAUUUUCAGGGAACUUCCUCUUUGUGAAAAAUGUACCACCCAACCGGCAUCAUCACCGAGAGAAUAUCAACAGCAAAUUCGGCAACAAUAGACGACGAAACGAUAAAUUUUCUCAUGCUCCAGUUUUCUAUCGCAAAGAUCCUAACUACCGAUCUGAGGACGCUAUCAAUCCCAUGCCUCCUGAAGGCAAUAUUCCGUUCGAAGAUUUCGCUUCUGUUGCUCAAACAGAUCAUGGAUCUCCUACAAAUGCAUUGCCUGAUACAUCACAGUAUGUGGAUUGCUUGGCAACAGGUUGGGGGAAAUCUACAAUCGAUGAUGAACUAACAGAUGUGUUAUUGCAAACACGGGCACCAAUUCAAAGCACUAAGAAGUGUGAAGAAGCAUAUGGAGAUUUUAUCAAACUACAUCGUGGUCAUCUUUGCGCUGGAAACCUAGAUGGAGCUGGCGGAACAUGUGUGGGAGACUCUGGAGGUCCAUUACAAUGUCGUAUCAGCAAGCGAGGUCCGUGGGUACUGGUUGGAAUAACAUCAUUUGGAUCCGGAUGCGCGUUCAAAAAUUAUCCUGAUGUAUACACAAAAAUUUCAUUCUACCGUCAAUGGAUAGUCGACACUAUCCAAAACAAUUAAACUGCGCACUUUUAAAUUUAAAUGUAAAGAAGCAAAUCGAUUGUGAUAUUAUUUUAGAUACGUUAUGAUGUAGAUUGGUGUAAAUUGAGAGAUUCAUAAGUUCAUAAUAAUCUAAUAUAUAAAUUCAACAGAAAACCAUUUAGUGCAACGUACAAAUUGUUAAUUUUUUAACAGCUCGCCCCUUAGAGCUAAAAAAACUUUGCUGGAAAUUUCAUACCGUCGUACUCUUCCAAAUUAAGUUGUCAUUAUAUACAUUGAUGAACUUACCAUAAUAUGACCAUUAUUUUCUCGACAAACUUCCCGUAUAUAUUAUUUAUAGACUUGAGACUUUCACAAUGCUGGAAAUCACAUACGCAUUUUGUUCUUAAACACAACUUUUCUCUGGAUUUACUGGCUGCAAAAAAAUAAAAAAUAAACUCGACUUUCGCAUUAAUACACAAUUUAGCGUCUAGCUGCAUUUUGCGAUACUCGCUACUUAAUAAUUUGCAAUUCAAAUUAUUAGAAUUUGUGAAAUAGCUCCUUACAUUUUUCUCACCUUAUACUAUUAUUUUAUCGAAUAUACAUUCUUCUUAAUUUCAUAAAAAAUCGCUUGUUUCAUAUGAUCUAUUUCAAGAAUUUUUUUGCUACUUUUGAAAACGAAAACGAAAAAUAAAAAAGCCUGUUUAUUAUUUUUACGAGUGCGACGAUAAUACACUGUUGCUUUUUACAAGCACAGCGAUAGUCAAAGAGCUUUUUCAGUCAUCAAUUUGUGUAACAUAACAUUACUUGUUUGUUAAGCAUUUUGAUAGUUAGCAUUUGUACGUUUUUUUAUAAUAUUUCUACUGUAUUCUAAAACAUCACCAACAAUUUUAACGGGGGCAGGAGAAAGGGGUAAUCAAGAAGCGAUAUUGCUCUUGCUUUAUUUUUUUGACUGAUCACACUUUUUUGUCCUCUGUUUUUGUCCUCAACCCUUUCACGACCAAGGGAAAUAUUUUUCCAUCCACAAAAAUCGUUUCCAAUCGUUCAUUUAUAAGAAAAACAAUACUUUUUAAACGAGACUUCAGAAUUAAAUGUAUAUCAAAGGUGGCAAAUGUCUUCUUGAACGAAUAAAUAAAGAAGAACUGUAAAACAAAUUUAACCAAAACCAAACAAUUCCAGGGAUGAGCUAGUAAUAUUUUGGAUGUAUAUUAGGUUUGAAUAAAUCAAAUAACUGUGUUUUAUCACGUGUUUUUAUUUGGAUGGUUAGUAUAAUUGUAUAGUAUAAUUAUGAUCAUUACAGGAUAAACUGCAGAAUAUUAGUACAACUAGUUAAUUUGACCCAGUAACAGGAUUAGGCAAUGUAAUUUUGGAGAUAAUUAAUAGAUUCAGAAUUCAGGCACAGGAUUCAGGCACAGGCUAGGUUGUUUGUAAAAACAACGCAAAUCCCAAGUGCCUCUUAUCUAAACUGUCGCUACUGAAGAUUCAAAUCGCUGCUGAAAAUUCUUACAAGGUUUCCCAAGAUUUAUUGGUUGGUUCCCAUAUUUUUUUGGUGUGUUCUUACGAUUCUUUUCCGAUUACCAGAAUUUUUUGGUUCAAUUGUAUUGAGAUCCAAUCGGACGAUACCAAUAAAUUAUGGGAACGAACCAAAAAUCUAUGGAAUAUGAUGACUAAGUCAUGAGACGAGCCCACAAAAUUAUGGGAACUGAUCAAUAAAUCGUGGGAAGUCCUGCAUGAGUAACAGGUGGUUAAAGAGAGACCCUGGUUCCAACCUCAAUAAAUAAAUAAAUAAAUAAAUAACCUCA